UGUGAUUGUGUAAUAUUUAUAUUGUUGUAAAAGUUGUUACUGAGUACUUACUUAAUAAUCUAGAAUAACACUAAAUAUUUUUUUACGUUUUUCUACGCUGUUCGCAGCUCGCUUGGAUUGAAUUCGCUCGGUAGCAUGCUUCGCGGUUCGCGCAUAGAUAACAGAAAAUAAUAGAUUCAUUAUCUUCUAUUAUUUAUGCUUCGGCGUGUGCAGCUGCUGGCUGCGUAUAUGAUUACGUUGCGUUUAAUAUAUUUUGAGGUUAGAGUAGUUCGAUUCUAAUGUCGCUAUAAUCUGUGAGUUGUGACGUGUAGUUCAUGGUCAGUUCUGUCGGUAGGUCGCAGAACAUCUGGAAAGUUUUCCGACGAACAUUUCUUAGUCUAGUCGUAAACACGACUGACGAGUAGGUCCGACAGCUGCGAAAACGAAAUACCUAUAGUUCAAUUGGUGCACGUAAUACGGGCCACCCGAUAAAUUGUUAAAAACACAACAGCAGCAGCAACAACAACAACCACCAACACAAUAAGAAAGCGCUAACAAAAUGAAAAUAUUCAAGUGUGGCUCUUGUACAUUCCAAUUGAAUGUGCAAGGUCGUUUUCGAUUUCACGUGAGCUAUCAUACGAACAAAAAGGAGCCUGAAAAACCUAUGAAUAAUCAACCAGUGGCUAAAGCAUUACAUCCGGUACCGCAACUGAUGAUACAAAUUUACAGAUGUGAGGUAUGUUCUAAAUUCUUCGAUAGUCGAAUUUAUUACCUUCAAAAACACUUAACUCAGCCAAAAGCUCCCAUCAAGAAAUUCCAGAUAGUGUUGAGAAAGAAGUUGAUGAAGACAAUGCAAAUGUGGAAAACAAAAUGGGAGACUUGGACACAGACAUCUAAUAACAGUGGGAAUACACAAAGCAAAGAUUAAGAUUUAUACAACUUAUUUAAUAGUUAGUAAUCAAUUUUAUAUGUAUAAGCUCCCGUUUCAUAAUUUAAAAAUUAUUAUUCCAAUAAGGUUUUUUUUCUAAUAUUUUGUUUUAAUAACUUUUACGUGGCAAAAAUUAGGAGACUGUAUUAUUUAUUAAAAUAUUAGUAAUUAAGCCACUAUUUUUUUUUUUUACAAAUUAUCAAGGUAAGGAGUACAUUUAGAAACGACAUAAAAAAAAAUUUAUAGACUUUGAAAUACAAAAAAACAAUUAUAUUAAAUAAAUUACUUAAAUUAUACAAUUAAUGAUGGUCAAUUUAAAUCAAAUAAACAUAAUGCAAUGUAGUUAAAAUGAAUUGCCUAACAGUAGUUAGUAUUUACACACAUAGAAGUAAUUUAUUGUUUGAUACUUAUGAUUUAAGCUAUUACAUCUGUAAAGUAAAUAUUUAAUACUAAUAAUUAUUUCAUGAUAAUCAGAUAAUAUUCCGA